AUGACCAGAGGGAACAUUAGAGAUUUAUAUGAAUUGAUUAAAAAUCACAUAAUUUCUACUAAAUCGUUACCGCCAUUCGAAAGAGCCUCCAAGACCCAUUCAGCAGCACAACCAACAGACUUAAAUAAGAGAAUAAUACAAACUACUGCAAAUACAACACCGAAUACAGCUCCAAGGAAAAGACCAAAGAAGCUUCCAAAAAUUGAUAAAAUAAACGGAGUGCCAAUACCACCAAUUAUUGCCAGCAUACCAAAAACAACAGGUUCAACAGCUUCGACUGCAUUUGUUGUCCGCUUUUCUGACUUUGUAAUUAAGGGUGCUACUUUAUUAUACGUCAUCGGUUCAUUGUCCGCUCCGAGUAAAUAA